GGUACGACCACUUUAGGCUCGUGUUCAUUUAGACCGCCCAAAGAGUCAAGUCGUGCUCCGGUAUCGUCUGGCAGCUGAAUGCUGUCUCAUUAACAUGUCUGCGACAAAUUUCAAUUAAUUUCACAACGAAUAAUUAAGGAAAACAAACAGUUUAUUUUUAUGAAAAACAAAAAUAGACGUUACAAAGUGUAUACAAGAAACUCGGGAAAUUCUACGAGUAUUUACUAUUCUAAGCCCGUAAUUUUAUUAUGGGUGUUAGAAAGCGCUGAUAAAAAGCAGAUGCACGCAAUUGGCUCCAGUUAUAUUCCUUAUCAGUAUCAAGUCGAGACAAUAUAAAUAUUGAGUUGGAUAAAAUAAUGUAUAUUACAAGCAUCACAACAAACACCACUUAUACAAAUAGACGCAGUCCUGAGGUGUUGUUGUUCAAUAUAUUACAUAUACUGCUGAUGGUUGAGAUAUAACAGUGACAUGUAAAAGAAAGUUUCAAACAUGGAUCCGUGCAAAACUGAACAAGAAAAUUUGAAAGAAGAGGUAAAUAAAGAAGACAUAGAUGAAUCUUCUCCUCUUAAACCAUGUACAGAAGAAAAUGACAAAAGUGAAAAGGAAGAGAAAAAUGAAGAAGUUAAAAAAAAGAAGCUCACAUUCAGAGAAAGGCUAAAAUUGAUAAAAGACAAUACAACUGUAGAACCAAUUAUGGCUUGUUAUGUGAUGCCCAGUGUACUUGCGUCGUUAGCCAUACAAAACUUGAACUUAGAAAAAGCAUGCAGAGUGAAUUUAAAUUACAGCACAGAAGUGUGUGACGCGUUAAAUUUGAGACAGACAGAAAACUAUACUCUUGAAGAACAAGCAGUGCAAAAGCUUACGGCCAGUGUGGGAGUAUGGAAGAAUGUGGUGCAAACAUCCAUCCCAGUGUUACUUAUCCUUUUCGUUGGAGCCUGGAGUGACAAGACUGGGAAGAGAAAAGCGUGUAUCAUGUUGCCUAUAGUUGGGGAAUUUGUGGCAUGUCUUGGGUUCAUUGUGAAUACAUAUUUUUUCAAUUUGCCUGUCGAAGUGUCUGCGUUUACAGAAGCAAUAUUUCCUGCCAUAACAGGUGGAUGGUUCACUAAUUUCAUUGGUGUGUUCAGUUAUAUUGGCGAUAUCACGACUGAGGAAAACAGGACUUACAGAGUAGGGCUGGUCAACAUGUUUAUGUCACUUGGCUAUCCCAUAGGAAGUGCAUUAAGCGGCAUUAUGUUGUCCUGGGUUGGAUACUAUGGUGUAUUUUCCGUAUCAUCAUCUUUGUACUUAUUUAGUUUAAUAUACGGGUACAAAUAUUUGAAAGAUCCGAAGCAAAGGGCUGAAAAGAAAAUGGAAAAUAAGGACAAUAAGAAAUGUUUCCUUCGGGAGUUCUUCGAUGUUGGCCUGGUGAUGGAAACUUUCAAGGUGGCUUUCAAAAAAGGUGCUGGCAAUAGGAGGCUACGGGUAUGCUUACUUCUUAUUGUCGUAUGCGUUGUUUUUGGACCGAUGCAUGGUGAAUUCACAGUUAUGUAUCUGUUCACAAGAUACAGGUUUAAUUGGGAUGAAGUUCAGUACAGUAUGUGGUCCACUUACUCCAUUGUCACCAAUUUAAUGGGCACAUUCUUCUCCAUAACGUUAUUCAGCAACUAUAUGAAGCUGGAUGACACGCUCCUCGGUAUUAUCUCCAACGUCAGUAAGAUUAUUGCAGCCUUCGCGUAUGCCUUCGCAAGGAAUGACUUGGAGAUUUAUUUAGCACCUCUACUGGAAAUACUGAAUGGCACUUCUUUCAUUGCGAUGCGGUCCAUUGCCACAAAACUGGUGGACGGUGAAGAAUUUGGUAAAGUGAACUCUCUGUUCGGGUUGGCAGAAGCCACAAUGCCUCUGCUAUAUGGGCCACUGUACUCCAGAGUUUACAUGGCUACUCUUGACAUUCUUCCUGGAGCUGUGUUUUUAUUAGGCGCCGCUAUGACAUUACCUUCUAUUGGUAUAUUUGGGUGGUUGUAUUUUGAACAUAAAAAAGAUAAAUUGAGAAAUGAAGCGCAAAAGGAGGACAGCGAAAAACAACAGACCGAGCAAUUAAAAUAAAAAAAUAAUGAACUUUCUAAAACCGUGCAAGAUUGAAGUAGGUUUUGAGCCAUUCGAACUUGGUUUUAGCUCCGGUAGAGGCACA